AUGGAGGGUUUGGUGCUGCGCCCCGCCAAGGACUACCGGGUGGUGCUGCUGGGCAGCGUCGCGGUGGGCAAGACGGCGCUGGCCACGCAGUUCGCGUGCGGCCGCUUCCCCGAACGCUGCGAGCCGUCGGUAGAGGAGCUGUUCAGCAAGGUGAUCGAGGUGAACCGGGCUCCCGCGCUGCUGGAGAUCGUGGACACGGUGGGCGCCGAGCAUCUGGUCACCCUUAAGGACCUGUACAUCAGGAACAGCGACGGCUUCGUGGUGCUCUACAGCGUGUGCGACGAGGCUUCGUUCCAGGCCGUGCGACCGCUGCGGGAGCGCAUGGGCCGGCUGCGGGGCUCGCGCGCAGUCCCACUCGUGUUGGUGGGCACCAAGGCCGACCUCGACGCCGAGCGACGGGUGCUGACGGCUCAGGGACGCGCGCUGGCCCGCGAGUGGCGCUGCCCGUUCCUGGAGAUCACGGCCAAGAGCAAAAUGAUGGUGGAUCGCGUGUUCACGCAGGUGGUACGCGAGAUGGAGGCCCUGGCACCGCCGGGGCAGGAGGCUCCCCUUAUCCCCGCCAACGCCCUGGAGACGUGGCCGGCCGAGAGGUUCAUUGGCUAGCGCGCCACGGUGCCUUUUCCCAGAAAGUUAUCCAACCGUAAACAAGUGGCAGCUGCUUUUCUGAAUGUUCACCGCAAAGGGUGUUGGUGCUUCAGUCUGCCUGCGUGUCUUUCUUCAACGUUAGACAAAAACUUUGCAACAUCCCCUGUGUUUGACCUUCGACUGUGCUACAAGAAGAAACCAAAAUUUACAUUUUACUGCAGAGAGAAUUUACAACCUUGUUCGAUCCGUUUGUUUCUGGACUCCCACCCACCCGUCUAAUUUUUGUAAAUAGCAACUCGUGAACUUUUGAUUGGUUGGGAAGUGUGCACUGAAGAGACGUUUUCUUCGCUUUAGGAGGGUUUUCUCCUUUAUAGCCUUGAGUUCAGCAGUAAGAUUUUCCUCAACAUUUAAUUCCUAAAUAUAGUUAUGACUUAUACCAUGUUGGUUUGAAAGG